AUGAGUUCCUACCAGCAGAAGCAGCCCCUUGUUCCACCCCCUCAGCCUCAAGACCAGCAGAGGAAACAGCCCUCCCAGCCUCUACCAAAAGUACCCUUUGUUCCCAUCACCACGGAACCAUGCCACCCAAAUGUUCCACAACCUGGGAACACCAAACUUCCUGAGCCAGGCUGUAGCAAGGUCCCUGAGAAGGGAUACACUAUAGUCCCUGAGCCAGGCAGCACUGUGGUCCCUGGACCAUGCAACACCAGUGUCCCUGAUCCUGGCUCUGCCACAGUCCCAGGGCCAUGCUGCACCACAGUCCCUGAGCCAGGCUAUUCAAAGGUUCCUGGGCCUGGUUAUACCACAGUGACUGGGCCAUGCAAUACCAGUGCCCCUGUGGCAGGCUGCACCACAGUCCCUGAGCCAGGCUAUUCCAAGGUACCAGAACCAAGCCAGUCCAAGGUUCCUCAGUCUUGCCCCUCAGUAGUCACUCCAAGUCCAGCUCAACCGAAGACCAAGUAA